AUGGUGGUGGUGAAAGUCAAUAAAAGACAGAAUUAUCUCCUUUUGAUGAUUUUCUUCUCACAUUGUUCCAAUGGACCUUAUGCGCGAGUAACACAACAACCCCUUAAGGGAAGGGCAAACCCGGAAGGACAACGAGUAGGAGAAAUGGAGGUUUGGGCCCUAGAAGGAUUUGGUCUUGCUCAUAUUUUACAAGAGAUGCUUACAACUAAAUCGGAUCAUAUUAGAACGCGCCAAAAAGUAGUUGGUACUACGAUCUUUGGAGGAACAAUAAGCCCGAGGAUGCUCCCGAAUCAUUUCGAUUGCUCGUUCGAGAACUACGAUCUUUAG